AUGGCCGACUCAAUCAGCCAGCUGCUGUCCUUAGCAGCGGGCAAUGAGCUCGCGCUCGCAUUCGCGGGCGUGGCGGGACUUUUCGGCCUCUACUGGCUCUUGUCAAGCAUCAGGCGCCCCAUCGGCGACAUGGAUAAGAUUCCCGGGCCCUGGAAAAAGGCAUACCCGGUGGUUGGGAACCUGCUCGAGUGCCUGCGCCCCGACUUCCACAAAGUGCUGCUCAAGUGGGCCGACGACCACGGCGGCGUGGUGCGCCUCAAGUUCCUGUGGAAGGACGCGCUUAUCGUGACAGACCCCCAGGCGCUCGCCUCUAUCAUGGGCCGCGGGGAGGGCGCGCUGGAUAAGGCGGCCGGCGUGUACGCGACCAUCAACUACAUGUGCGACCCCCACGGCGCGCCGAACCUGCUGACGGGCGCCGCGACAGACACCUGGAAGGCGAUCCGCCGCGCGGUGGCCGUUUCCUUCAGCACCCAGAACAUCAAGAAGAAGUACCCCCUGAUCCUCUCGCGCAUCAACGAGCUCGUCAGCCGCGUCAGCGCGCAGGGCCCCGACGCGUCCAUCGACGUCGACCAGGCGGCGCUGCGGGUGACGCUGGACGUCAUUGGGCUCGCGGGCUUUGGGCACGAUUACCAAUCGGUCAAGCAGGACAAGCCCGCGUACGACCACCUGCUGCGCGUUCUGCCGCGCUGCUUCACGGAGGUGAUGCUGCGCGUCGCCAACCCGGCGCGCCAGGCGGUGCCCUCCCUGUUCAAGGGCGGCGACAAGGGCUCCAAGGCUUUUGACAUGUUCCAGGCCGAGAUGCGCAUCCUGCUGGAGGAGAUGAAGCGCCGCGGGCCCCCGCCAUCGGGCGACCAGGACAUCGCGUCGCAGCUGUACCGCGUUAUGGCGGAGAACCCCGACGUCAGCGAGGACCGCGUGAUGAGCGAGAUCGGGAUCCUGUUCGUGGAGGGGUUCGAAACGACAGGCCACACCACCGCCUGGACGCUGCUGCACGCGGCCACCAGCCCGGGCGUGCAGGAGCGCGUUGCGGAGGAGCUGGACGCGGCCGGCCUGCUGUCCAAGCCGGGGGCCCCGCCGCCGCGGGAGAUGGAGUUUGAGGACCUGAAGAAGCUUCCCUACCUGACCGCGGUCGCCAAGGAGGCCAUGCGCAUGCUGCCCGUCGUGUCGCUCAUGGGCCGCGUGACCGAGAAGACCGUGCGCGUCGGCAAGUACACCGUGCCGCCGGGCGUGGUGGUCGGCACGCCGCUGUACGCGAUCCACAACACGAAGCACAAUUGGGAGGCGCCGGCGGAGUUCAGGCCAGAGCGGUGGCUGGACGUGCCCGUGGAAACUUAUGUCUACAAUUCGAAGAGCGGUGGCGCCGCGCCCGCCGACGCGGAGGCGAGCAGCGGCGGCGGCGGCGCGACGAGCAGGCUGGCGGCGGCGGCGGCGGCGAGCAAGGAGGGUAUCACCUUCAUGCCGUUCAGCGACGGGCCGCGGUCGUGCGUGGGGCAGUCGCUGGCCAAGGCGGAGGUGCUGACGCUGCUCGCCAAGAUUCUCGGCAGCUUCAAGCUCGAGCUGGCGCCUGAGAUGGGCGGCCUGCAGGGUGUCUUGGCUCGCGAGAGCACGCACCUCACUCUGCAGACCUGCGGCACCAAGGGCAUCCGCAUGCGCAUGACCCCGCGCAGCGAGCACGUCGCCGCCGGCGUCGUGUGCGCGCAGCAGGAGUGA